CUUACCUUUCAGUCUCGCGGGCUGCGUCCUUCCCUGCGUCGCCUCGGCGGGGAUCCUGUUGCUUUAGGCCGGGAACGCGGUGCUGGUGAGAUGCCCCUAGCUGGUUACCGUGUGGUUGACGCAUUCGGCUAUGAUGUGAGGGCAUUUGCGCCGAGGCUUCAGGUGCGCCCUAGCGGCGGGACGCGGCAACUGCAGCGACGCGCGGCGCGCAAGAGGAGCUGUCCAGCAGCGAGCAGGCGGCCCCGCACGGCACAGCAAGGAUUUUAGGUUUCCACAAGGUUAAAGGAUGCACUGGUCCAUGAACACGUUGCCCUUGCCUCCAUAUGUUGAGCUGGGCGUACAGUCACUGAGUGGCCUUCUGUGGACUCUGCUGCUCUUGUUUCUGUGGCACUGCUACAGGAUGGGCUCCGACCUGCCGAUCCCGGGCCACGCGCACGCUGGAAAGCUCAAGUCAAGCUCUCGACGGUCCAUGAUGUCCCGUAGUGGGAUCUGCAUCGGAACAAAGUGUAGCGCCCGAUCCAAGCUGUCGAGGGCUGAUCCGAUCUCUCCCUUUAUUUCCAUGGAAACGGAAGAGGACGAGGAGCAGGGGCAGGGCUACCUUACCCCAGUGCUGAGUCACGCCUUGUUUCCUGCACAGGCGUCUGCUCAAGCCAAGAAGUUGUACACAGCAUUGCAAGAGUACGCCAAGCGUUACAGCUGGGUGGGCAUGGGCCGCAUUCACAAGGGACUCCGUGAGCAGGUAAAACUGAGCGAUCACUCUGCCAUACAGAAGCCUCAUCUCUUCUUCCUGCCGGAUGUCCCAAGCGUCCCGUUCUUCCCCCGCGACGCGCACCGCCAUGACAUUGAGGUCUUGGAAGCGAACUAUCCUGUAAUCUUGGCUGAAUUCCAGGCUGUUUACCAACGAGGCUUGGACUCAAAAUUAGGCUGGACCUGUCUCGGACCAAAGGGCCAGGCGGUGUUUCCCUUGUACACUGCAGGUGUGAGUGUGGCAGGAAACUGUCGCUCCUGUCCUUGCACCUACCGGACGCUUCUAUCUCUGCGCACGUUCAUAAGCAGCAACUCCCUGGGCUCCGCAGGAUUCUGGCUGCUGGGGCCUGGAGCUACACUGGGGAGCUCGUACGGACCCACCAACACACGCCUGCGGUGUCAUUUAGGCCUGCAGACUCCCCCCCUGUGUGAGCUGGUGGUGGGAGGGGAGCCUCAGUGCUGGUCAGAGGGACACUGCCUCCUGGUUGACGACUCUUUCCUUCACACCGUCUCCCACAAAGGACCUUCAGAUUCUGGACCGCGAGUCAUUUUGAGUGUGGACCUCUGGCAUCCCAACGUGGCUGCGGCAGAAAGACAAGCGCUGGACUUCAUGUUCAGCCCUGACCUCUGAAUCUGUCCGUCUUCAACACGCAGGGAUGCCUUACCUCAGCCAUGCCUGACCUGGGUCAUACGUCUCAUUCCAGUCAGUGAAACACUGUGUGAAUUUACUUUUAUAGAAGUCUUAGCCAUACUCUUGUGUUUUCCAGCAUGAUUGCAAUGUUAAAGCAGCAUUACAUACAACAGACUUUAGCAUCAAACAUCAAGCUGUGAUCGCUUGAAAGCACAUUAUGGACAAAGUAUUGGUUUGCGUCUCGACAAUACGUACAACGCUAGAGAAUGCAUGUGACACCAGCCUGUAUGAUCUCUGACCUUUGUUUUGCACUCUUGCUGCAUGUGGUUACCAAAGUGCUUGAUAAACUUAGUUUUAUAUCUUUAGGCAGUUUAAAAUAGCUUAACCAAAAAA